CACUCGAAUAUAUCCUUGCAGCACUCUGCUCCUUGCUCAAUUGCACUCCACCCUCUUUAUAGCGUGUGUUUCUCGUCCCAGAACUUCGCACCUCGGAUUCGCGCGCAAAUCAGAACAAAAACGACACCAUGGCUGCUGCAGUGUCCGCCUAUCCCCCGCUCAGGGACCGCCCGAUCCAGAACACCGUCCUCCUCUUCGAUGUCGACGAGACGCUGUCCAAGGCGCGGAAGCUUGCGAAGCCUGAGAUGCUGCAUUUGCUCUCUGAGCUGCGACACAAGGUUGCCAUCGGCUUCGUUGGCGGCUCCAACCUCGUCAAGCAGCAGGAGCAGCUCGGCGGCAACAUCGACGUCACCACCCUUUUCGACUUCUGCUUCUCCGAGAAUGGUCUCACCGCAUACCGGUUGGGCCAGCCGCUCGCGAGCACGAGCUUUAUUGGCUGGAUCGGCGAGGACAAGUACAAGCAGCUCGUCAAGUGGAUCCUCCACUACAUCGCCGACCUCGACAUCCCCAUCAAGCGCGGCACCUUCAUUGAGUUCCGCAACGGCAUGAUCAACGUGUCCCCCAUCGGCCGUAACGCGUCUGCCGACGAGCGCAAUGAGUACGAGACGUACGAUAAGGCCAACAACAUCCGCACGACCAUGAUCGCCAAGCUCAAGGAGGCCUUCCCCGACAUUGGCCUCACCUACUCCGUCGGCGGCCAGAUCUCCUUCGACGUCUUCCCCACCGGGUGGGAUAAGACGUACUGCCUGCGCCACAUUGAGGCGGACAAGGACCUGCCUGAUGGCGUGGAGUACAAGACGAUCCACUUCUUUGGAGACAAGGCGUACGAGGGUGGAAACGACUGGGAGAUCUACAGCGACCCCAGGACAAUCGGGCAUGCGGUCAAAGACCCUGAGGAUACGUACAGGCAGCUGAAGGAAUUGUUCUUCUCGUGAAAAGAAAAUCUCCUGGAGAGCCUUUAAGCCGACUGUAGCCGAAGAGUUCGGGACGAGACGUGCAUGAUGGUGAUGAUUUCCAUAGAGCGGUUCGUUGAGAUACAGAUAUCAGAUGAAUGCAUAUACCAUAAGCCGAAGCUCUCUUUGGACUUGAGAGGGAGCCUGGAUUAGAACUUCCGAGUCCUCGCAGGUAAAGGCUCUACCUUCCCCUCUCCUAACAAGGCUCUUUCGUAGG